UACAAGUCGUAUAUUAAAAAAAAUAUAUAGGAUUGUGUAUUAUCUAGUAUUAAUGCUGAAGUUACUCACUAUUGUUAUCUAUCUAUGUUGGUCAAAAUUAAUGGACUUUCAUUAUUAUAUUUUAUCAGUGUGCGACAUGAUUACAUCAGUUAGAGUAUUUUAGGAUAACGUGUACAGUGACAAUGUAUCGUUGUAUUAAUAUAUAGAAUAAUAACAAAACGAUUACAAGGCACUUAAGAAAAUUUACAUAUUUAUCAUAAGGCGUGUAAUAUUAAUAAUAUGUUCUACUUAUAUUAGUACAAAAUGUGGUAUUUAAGAGUGUUAUUAAAAAAAAUCGUAUCAUUUAAUACUUAUUUUUUGCUUAUAGUAUUAUGUUUAUGUUUGUUAUUAAUAUAUAAAUUGAAUAUAAAUUUGAAAUCGGCUUAUAUGAGUGAAAUAUAUCAACCGGAACUUGACAGUGACAUCCACAGCGAUGAUUAUAGUCACCACAUUGAUUUAGUGAAUAAUUUUUAUAAUAGACGAAAGGAUUGGCAAACAUCAAACUUGGGAUCGCUUAUGUUUAAAAACGAUACACGUGACUUUGAAUUAACCAAGGAUAGAGAGAAUCGGACAUAUGUUAUAUUAAUAUGGAGGUACUGGAAAUGGCUUCAACAUCGGCAUGUUGAAAAUUUUGGUAGCAGGCGGAAGAGCGACCCACUUAGUGCGUGCAGUGUCCAUAACUGUAAAUUUACAGGAGAAGACAGCAAAUUAUCGUCAGCUGAUGCUGUAGUAAUUCAUAUACAAAGAGGUGUAUUUCCAAACACAACUAAGAGGAAUACAGAACAGAGAUGGGUUUUUUUAAGCGACGAAUCCCCGAUUCACGCAUUUUCAAUGGCGUCUGUACAGCCUAAAAUGUCGGACUUGGCGAAUAUUUUCAACUGGUCUAUGACGUAUAGGAGCGAUUCCGACGUGCCUGUACCGUAUGGCAGAACAGUGGCGUUGAAAAAACCGAUAUUAAGUCAAAUAACAUACGAACAUUUGAAGACGUUGGUUCCAUAUUGGAAUGACAAAAGUAAAGACAUUCUGGCCACUAUUCUCAUAUCGAAUUGUGCUGUUUCUCGCAGGAUGGCUUACUUGAAGAAAAUGCAGGAAUAUUUAACUGUUGAUGUAUACGGAAAAUGUUCGGAAAAUCAUAAAGAAAGCUGUCCCGGUCACUUCAGAUCGGAUUGCAACUUGAUGUCCAAAUAUUUAUUUUACUUGGUUUUCGAGAACUCUCUAUGUGAAGAAUAUUUAACAGAAAAAUUGUUUUAUCACGCGUACAGUAAGGGCGCCAUACCAGUGAUAAUGGGUUCCACGGUCGACAUCUGUAAAAAGCUCUUACCACCCAACUCUUUCCUGCACGUUGAUAAUUAUAAGGAACCUAAAGAAUUAGCCAAUCACAUUCUUGAUAUAAGUAAAGAUGAUAAGACCCUUCUCUCAUAUCACGAGUGGAGAAAUGAUUUCGAUGUGCUCAACGAACAUGGAUAUUUCGGAUCAAAGUCCUAUCACCUCUGCAGGAUUUGCGAAGCUUUAAAUUACAACGAUGCUAAAACAAAGAUAUAUGAUGAAGAGAACUUACGAAUAUUUUUUGACCCAGAAUUAUCUUGUCGAUGAAAUUUGUUUUUUUUUUUAAUUAUGUAUAUUUUAAUUCGUACUAGAUCUAAAUUGUAAUUUGAUUAAAGUAUUAUUCUAGGGGAAAAUUAAAAUAAAAAAAAUAAUAUAAUAUUUGUUUCGAAGAGUAUUUAAGUCGACGUUUUACAUAUAGCUGUGUUUAUUUACAAAAGGUUGUUUUCCAGUAUUAUUUAUUAGUUUUAAUUUUAUUAAAAUAUCAUGACGUGAGAAUAUGUGACGUAUUAUAUACAGUAUUUCUUAUAAUUUAUUAACUAUAUUCAAAAAGGUAUUAUAUAUAUUACACGUGCCAGUAAAACUUGCGGUAAUAGAUACAACAGAAAUUGCUCGAGUUUUACUAAUUUAUAAUAAUAAGUAUAAUAUUAACCAAUUAAAGAUAAAACACAUCUAUCAGUAUUACUUACUUUACUUAUUUAUUUUUUUUACUUUGUUUUAUAGCAUAGGUUGCGAACGGACGGGCCACCUUAUUGUAAGUGGUUACCACCGCCCAUAGAUAGU